AUGUUGGAAGAUAAAGGGAUGGAAGCAACUUUUUUCUUUCCUCUCUGUCAUUUUCCCUCUCUUUUUUUCCACCCUUUUUCUCCCUCUCUUUUUUCCACACUUAUUUUUUCCCCAUUCCUUCUUUCUUUUCCCCCUCUGCUCCUCCUUUCUUUUCCCCCCUCUGCUCCUCCUUUCUUUUUUCCCCCCUCUGCUCCUCCUUUCUUUUUUCCCCUCUCUGCUCCUCCUUUCUUUUUCCCCCCCCUCUGCUCCUCCUUUCUUUUUUUCCCCCUCUGCUCCUCCUUUUUUUUUUUCCCCCCCUCUGCUCCUCCUUUCUUUUUUUCCCCCUCUGCUCCUCCUUUCUUUUUUCCCCCCUCUGCUCCUCCUUUCUUUUCCCCCUCUGCUCCUCCUUUCUUUUUCCCCCCCUCUGCUCCUCCUUUCUUUUUUCCCCCUCUGCUCCUCCUUUCUUUUCCCCCCUCUGCUCCUCCUUUCUUUUCCCCCCUCUGCUCCUCCUUUCCCCCCCCCUGCUCCUCCUUUCCUCCCCCCCUGCCCUCCUUUCUUUUCCCUCUUUUUCCUUUUCCUUCCCUCUCCCUUUUCAUUCAGUACUACAUCUGA